AUGUCAAUCACAAAGCAAUCUGCGCUUCCACCGUGGGCUCAGCCGCAACAGAAUGAGAGAAAGCGUCGUUAUCUCGACUGGCUCCCGAUAGUUGCUGUGCUUGCCUUAGGUGCUCUAUGGCUCUUCAAGUCAAGUAUAACAGAAUCUUUCAACGCUCGUUGCUCAGGCACAGACCCAGAGAUAUCACUGAAGCUUGAGAAACACCCAAGCCUUCCUCUCAAGGACAUCCCAAAACACCUUCGAUCGUUCCAGGAUUGCUCGAUCAAGAACCUCCAGGCCAACCUCAGUUUCUUGGACACCGCACAUCCAUUACCAGUUGCCGAGUUCGUGCACCGCCGGGAUAGAUUGGCGCAAGCACUCGUGGAGGAUGGUCUCGAUGCUUUCCUGGUGGAGCCUGGCUAUACGUUCAGUUACUAUGCAAAUGUCACCCAGCCAGACUGGGAGGUUUGGGAGCCUGAGGAACGACCUUUCUUGAUGGUCGUGCAGCCACAGUCUCAUGGCAGCACGUACAAAGCCAAGACCACGUUCCUCGUCCCGUCAUUUGAAGCAGAGCGCGCAAGACUGCUCAAUAUGCCAUUCGAAAGCGAGAUCGAGCUUGUAACAUACGAGGAGCACUGGAAUCCUUACACGACACUCCUGUCCUCUUCCAUAUUUUCCACCGCCAAAACAGCACCUAAAGUCAUGGUCGAUGAAGAAAUGCGAGAUUUCAUUUCUCGUGGCCUGGCUGACAAUGGCUUCAACGUACAUGGUCUCAACGGCGAAGUCGAAAGGGUGAGAGAGACAAAGUCCGAAGCUGAGAUCGGCAUCCUUCGUGCUGUGAACACUGGAACCGUGGAGUCAGUGAGAGCAAUGCGGAAGUGCAUGAAGCCUGGCCUCACUGAGGACGAAGUUAUGUGGGUACUCGACAAUACCAUGCGCUCUGCUGGGAUGGAUCCCUUCUUUGACAUCGUCCUCUUCGACGAGGAUGCAUCAAACCCACAUGGCGGUACUGAUGGAUCGAAAAUCUUGGAGAAAGAGACAAUGGUGCUGAUCGAUGUUGGAUCGCAUCUGUUCGGCUACUCGAGCGACAUUUGUCGAAGCUUCUUCCCGCCCUUCUUCGAGAAGCCAGAAUCCGACCACGACUACGAAGCCUUGAGCUCGGAAUUAAAGGAAAAGCUCUACGUAUGGGAUGUCGUAUUGGAAGCUCAGACCGCCUCACUUCACGCUCUGCACGAGAAUGGGACCUGUGCUUCGGUGGAUUUGGCUGCGAGAGGUGUCAUCGAGGAUGCUGGCUACGGCGACGCCUUCACUCAUAGGGUCGGCCAUGGUAUCGGUAUCAAAGCCCAUGAGUCGCCAUAUCUCAACAAGGGCAAUGUCGACACGAAGUUGAAGGCAGGCAUGACUUUCACGUCUGAGCCUGGGAUCUAUCUGGUGGACAAGUUUGGUGUGAGGCAUGAGGAUAUCCUGUUGGUGAGAGAGAAUGGAUUGCCGGAUCUUUUGACUGGACAAAGAGCGCAGGGCCCAUGGGAUCCGUAG